AGCAAAACAUUCAGUCUCGGGCGAGUCAACUUUACAACACGGAAAGGACGAGUUGGUAGGGAUGAAAAGAAAUGAAAUUUCUCUACUUUUCCAGCCUAGAUCGAGUCCAGACUGCUACCAUCUUAAAGAUGAGAUGUUUAUCAACGAUUAGGGCCUGUAUUUGGUGAAGAUUGGCGGAAAAUGAAACCACAAAAAGACUCAGACGAAAUGGAAGAAAAGCAGCUGAAUCCGCGGGAGUUGUUUACCAAUAUUGCCCUUCUCGUGACGGAGGCCCGUACGCCUGACUUCUCCCCGAAAGGACGCAUAGAAGGGCCUCACUGCCCUCCUGUUAGAGGUGUGAUACGGCACGAGUGUGAUCGUCAUAAGUUACAGUGUCGGAAAGCGAGUGAGCUGGUCAGUAUACAAGAGGUCCUGUGGCAGAAUCGAAUCCCGAUGAGAAUCGACGUUCUUUUGUUUCCCAAUUGCAAGCAUGGGCAGCAGGAGGCGAUGAUAAUCGAAGGGGCGUCAUUCUCGUGUAUGGAUCAGUUUGAACUGUUGGAGAGAUGGGACGUACAGAUGGUUAAAAAGAGGUCAUCAGAGAGACUGGAAGGAUUUGUAAAUGGUCUGGUUCAUCUACAGGUCAUACGGAGUUAUGUCCACUUUUCCCAACUGAGUUCCUGGCUGAUUUCAUCACAGGGUUGUCUCCCUGUAACUGUUGUAUACAGGAUAUAUGCCCCUGGAGAGGCUGUCGGAUACACCUUUAGUCAUCUGCCAGAAGUUCACAAUUUCCCAUCUGCUGAGAUGGAUUCUGCCAUUAUGCAAACAACAGUUGCCUAUUUGCCAAGGCAAGAAAAAGUGUUUAAGGUUAUAUGCAGGUCACAGUCACCAAGUCUUGAAUCCCACUUGAGGAUGAGAAAAACUCUAGAUGAAAGUAAAAUUAAGAGAACUAGAAAAUUUGAUGAUAGUUACUCAAAUCCUAUGCCUUCCACAUCUUCAGAAGUUGAAUGCGAUGGAAAAAAUAGGACAAAUGCCAUACCUCAGAAGCAGAAGACAUCAACUUCCUGUGCAAAGCAUUAUGGGAGUGAAGGAAAGGAGUUGAUAAAACAAAAGCCUCCAAUUGGUCGAAAAUAUGCAGAAAUUAAAAAUAGCCAAUCAAAAAUGACUCCGUGUCCAAUGAGUCAUACUCCAAAGAGGAAGGUUGAUCAGUUGUCUCCUACAAUGAAAUAUGCACAUGAAUAUCCUAAUGUUUCUUCAAGCUCACAAUCAAAUGAAAACAACUUAUGUCGAAUAGUUGUAAGCUCUGCAGUUGCGGGUGCUUCAAACAAUGACAAGUGCACUGUUUCUUGUUCUAUGUCGGAAAUGACAUCAGUAUGUGAUAUAGGAGAACAUUCAAACUUCAUAGAUUUCAAAACCCCUUUAAAAGUUGGAGUUAAAGGUUCUAUGUUAACGAAACCAACAAAUUUGACUGUGUCCACAAACAAUGCAUUUAUAGGAACAAAACGCUUACCAAGUCCAAAAGUGUUAGUCACUGGUAGCAGAAAACCUGAGCCAUCUUUGUUUAAGAAAAGGUGUAUAGAUUUGCAUUCUCCGGGUACAAGCGCAGAGAGAGCAGAAGAUUAUGUGAUAUCGACGCCUCUGAAAGCGGUCGAAGAAUUGACAUCCAGUGAAUUUCAUGAUCUCAUCAAGCCUCUAAGUCCGAGUGAUUUAGAAGCUUACCUUUCUAGUCUUUCAAACAAAGCUUCGAAGCGACCCGGAUUUUCAAAGUUGGAUGAUAUUCCAACUACCAAAUGUAGUUUCUAUCUUGAAGAGGGUAUCAGGAAUGAAUUAGUGGAAAAUAGCCUAAAUGGAGCAAAAGAAACUGGGUUUGACACAAAAGUAGGUUUUUAUACCCAAAGUCUUUCAAAUAACCAAACUGAUGAUAUGGAGUACAACUUAAGUAAAGGAAAGUCACAUGUUAGAAAAUUGUUUGAUGAGGGUGAAAUCAUCUUAAGUAAUGAUUUCGAAACGAAUAUUAAAAAUUCCUCAAAGCCAAGUAUAAGCAAAAAUGGUUUUUCGGAAAAAUUAGUGUUCAGUGAAAAAAAUGAAGGUGCUUUCACAGACAAUGAGAUCCUAAUGGAACCUUCAAGUCUUUCAGGGGAGAUAACUACACUCUUGUAUUCAAGGGAAGUGACUCACCCCAAAACCCAAAGGGACAUAACCAUACAUACCUCCUCAAAAGAAGAAGCUACUCUAAACGAAGAGGAGGAUCUUCCAAAAUCAAGGGAAAUAAUCUCAAGUGCUUUUCAAAUGGAAGUAACUCUUAAAAAUCAUAGUAUACCUUGCAAUGUUGGAGCUAUAAAAGCAGAUGUUUCUGAUUUAGCUCAAAAUAUAGAAAGCAUGGAAAUCGAUGAAAGUCCUUAUUGUCAUCUUGAUAAAGAAGUCGAAGAUCAUCUCAAAAACUCAGAUCCAGAAAAAGUGUUCAAAAAACCUUGUGUAGACACUCAAAAGUCACAAGAACACGUACAUACUAGUAGCGAGUCCAGUACUAACGACACAGACUGUGAAAAGUCUACAUGUGAUGAAAAUGUUUCUAGUGCUAGAAGCAAACCUAUCCAGCCUCUCAACCAGGCCGACAACUGUGAUACCACGAAUUCCCGUGAUCUUUCUCUAUGCAUGCAACUACUACAGAGGGACUUUCAGCAAAAUGUCAAAAAUGAGAUGCUAAGGCCAAGCUCGAAGCCCUACAAAUCACUACCGUCACCAGACGAUAUAAAACAGUUCCAUUUCACGAUGGGUCGGAGUACCAGUGCGAUCUUCAAUUCGAGUACUGGUCUUCCUUCUCGGUCUAGUCCAGCUCCGGUGAAGAAAAAGUCCAGCACCAGAUUCGACUAUGACUGUUCUCUCAGUAAUAUCAGAGCUAUCAAAAAUGCCAUAUCUUGUUCCAAGCUAACCCUGCACUCUGAAGACAACUCUGACACCAUAGAAGACCCCAAAGUACUGAGUACUAGUGCACCAGCGUCAACCAACUGUCUCCUUGGCAAUUUUGAGGAGUCGGUUCUCAAUGGCAGAAUAGAGCCUAUAGGGGUCGUUGAAGGGUUUACAGUGGAGAUAGGAGCAGGGGGAACCUUCUGCCCUAAACAUGUCACACUGCCAGUGGUUUCGUACUUCUUCCAACUGUCUGACGAUAAUGCACCGUCUCCUUAUCUGGGCUAUGUGAACCUCGAGCCACUGGGUAAGAGAGGCUACCAUAUACCUCGUAAUGGGACGGUGCAAGUGACGCUGUUUAAUCCAAACAAAAGCGUGAUUAAGAUGUUUGUAGUGAUGUACGACAUGUCAGACAUGCCGUCAAGCUGUCAGACAUUUCUACGACAACGCACGAUGUACAUGCCUGUUGAGGAGAACACCACUGAGCCUUCGUUUCUUCGAUACCUCAUACAUCUAAGAUUUCAAAGCAGCAAAUCGGGGAAGAUCUACCUUCACACAGAUGUUCGUCUCAUAUUUGCGAGGGACAAGUUUGAAUUCGACCCCCGGGUCGGAAACUAUGAGCUGCGGUCUUUCACCGAAGGUCCUGAAAACCCCAAAUUCUCACCGAAAAGAUGAUAAAUGUUGAAAAAUAGUUUGAGAAUUAGCUAUAAAACAAAUUAUGUGAUAUGGUGUUUUCAAGAUAAGAUAAUGAUGACUGUUGAAUUUGUGAAGUGUGUGAUUGAUGUUUAUGCUAAAUUUGUUAAGUGUAUGGUAUGUAAGUAGCUCAAAUGUUACCGAUGAAUAUUACAUUUACCAUAUUAUACUGUAGGUAAUAAUUUGCUAAGAUAGAUAAUGAGAAAAAGUCAAGUUAAAGCACUUAAUUCGGGAAAAAUGAUAAUAUAAGAAUAUAAAUUAUUUUACCUGCGUAAUAAAAGGACUUUGAAUAAACUGUUUCAGUUACAUUUUUUCCCUGUGUACUCAACACCACAUUGGAGUUUUUAUUUGAUUUGUCUCACUAUUUCCACCCUACGUAUUUUCUAUCCUAGCAUAUUCAUCUACAAUAAAGUUUGGUAUUUAUCAAGUCAUUGUCUUGUUAAGAGUUUUGUAUACCAGGUUUUGACAUUUGUGUCUUUGUGACAAAUAGUGAUGCCUAGUCAUCGAAAUAAAGCUUUUUGAUGAACGGGCUGAAUAUUCUUCACAGGGGGUUUUGUAUCAAUAUUGUUAACAAGCCCUGCCAUAUAAAAUUCAGAAUUAAAGCAAGCCUGACAAGUCUUAGACCAUUCUUAGGCUUGCUGUCUCGUUCCAAUUUCAGGCAUUGUAUGCAUAUUUAUGUUUAUUCCUUGACUGUUGCGAUUAUGAAUGGAAUGAAAGUCUUGUAUUAUUUAAGUAUACUUGAAUUGAAUACAUCGUUAAGACUUUUAAGUUUUAUGCAAAAUCUAUUUUGUUCAAGUAUUUUAGUACAAAGGUACUGUUUAGAUUUUACCUUAAACUUUACAAAUCGUUUUAAGAUGAUUUCUUACUACUUAUAUCUUUUAAUCCAACUUUGUUUUAUGAAGUACUACUGACUUUAGUUGAUGUUGAUUUUAUAAAUGUGUUCGGUGUUUCACAGAGGCAUAGUCAGAUUUGAAAACAAGACAAUCCGCAUGAGCAUGUAAUCGUUAAGAAAAGUAAAAAAAAAAGUUGUUUUGGUCUUGAAAGAUUGCAAAGUCAGUCAUUUUACUUUCGAUUAAGAACAAAAUAACAAAAUCACAUAACUUCAUCUGUAAUUAUUUUUUUAGGUCAUAUCUUUUACAUGUUAGUUAGAAGAAAGCAAAACCCUUGCAGCCUAUAGCAAUAUUACAUAGGGUCACGAGGCUUUCAAAUUUUAGAAUUAUUUCAAAUUGGUGAUGAAUUGACAGGCCGACCAAUGAGAAUCUUGGCUUAGGAAAAUGACUGAAGGAAGGAAAUGACUUUAGACAUUUUAUGAAUACCCAGCACUGUUGUUAUGUAAGGAAUCAGAAAACAAAUAUUGAGUAAGUAAUCUUGAUCAUGAAGAAGUAUUUCAAUGCUUUAUAAUAUUUUUAUAUUCAGAUUUGGUUAUUCCCCUUGAUAUAAAGCUUAUUUAUGCCUGUAAUACAUUGUAUGUACCUUUGGGAGUGUGAGUACAAUAAUAUAUAUUCAUGUUAGCAGUUUAGAUGUUUCCUUUUAAAGAUUUACCCCUGAGGAAAGUGGGAUUUUUGUCCUAUUAUAUGUAUAUAUAGAUAAAGUUAUAAUAUUUAUUCGAAAUAAGUGUUGUACUCUUAUAAUAUUCCAUUUUAAGACAAAGAUUAUGCAAGGCAAUAAUGUACGAUUGCAAAAAACAUUUUUUACAGUUUCCAUAAUGCACAAAAUUGUGAUACUAGGAUGUAAGCGUACUUAUUAAUAAGCGGAGGUACUUAUGAAAUACUUAAGUGGAUAAUAGUUAUUAGUAUGUAUUCACAAGAUUUGAUAGGCUAAUGAGACUUCUUUUGUCCAAGCGAAGAAUUCCCAGUUUUGUAAAAUUGGCUGCAGGCUGUAAAGUUGAAAAUUAUAUGAUAGCAAAUUUACUUCACCCCUAUUUUCACGUUGUCAUGAAAGCUUGUAUUUUAUUUAUUUCUUUUGUCAAAUAAACAAGCUAAACAAGUAUAUUAUUUGAAUUUAUGAAGUUAUAUAAUUCUCUUUCAUUAUAUUUGCUUUACAUGGAAAAUAAUAAAUCCCUUAAAA